AUGACCAUAGAUCGAACCUAUCCUAUUUUUACAGUGCGAUGGCUGGCUGUUCACGGAUUAGCUGUACCCACGGUUUUUUUCUUGGGAUCAAUAUCAGCAAUGCAGUUCAUCCAACGAUAA